ACGAAAGGUGCCCUCUGUGUUUUCUGAAAAUGGAAAAGCUUUAGUGUCCAGAGAUGGUCAAAAACGACAACGCGGAAAAAAGGUUUCACAUUGAAUGUGCCACAUGGCGUUGACCCCGACAUUUACCUACGCAAGAAAACAUGUCCACUCCGAGAGUAGGGAGGUAUGGCGUCACGUGGAAAUCACAGACGAUAUUAAGCGGAGGACACAACCCCCUCCCUCCUGCAGAGCGGAGUGGCACCCAAUCGACUUGUCCUUGAGGAGUUGUAUGAUCUUUCAUCGAUGAAAAUGAUGGACUUCCUGAAGCAGGACGUGGAUCGCCUGUUGUCCUACUCCACCAAACAGGAGGUUCGCAUCCAAGAUCGAUGGCUUGGGAUUGCGAAUUCGACGUUUCAGAUAAUUAUCUUGCUGUACAUCGUCUUCUUCGUAUUCAUCUAUGACGAAGGCUAUCUCGAGUACGAGCAUGCGAAGGGAGUUGCGUCAGCGAGUGUCAGUCGUGUUGCCGAUGUGGUCGUGGACAGUAGUGGAGUGCCGAACACGAGGUCAUUUUCAGUGGAGGAGCUAACACACCCAAACUUGGAAGCCGGAAACCUGUUCGUGGCAACGAAAAUAGAGAUACAACAACAGAAACGAGGUACUACUUACUAUUAAUCAUGUUCCUAUAGGUUCUUUUUAAAUAAACUUCAAUACGAUCGAUACUAUGCUACUGAUCAGAUUUUUAAUUUUUCUUCUAUAUUCCGAACAAUUAUCACCACCUAGACCUAGGUGUCUACGAAGACAAAACCAUUUCACUUUCAGUCCACCCUCACUCAAUUUAUUAAGGCGUCUGCGAAGAUGAGACCCGCAAGUGUACGGACGUCACGGAUUGUGCGGAAGGGGUAGACGCUGUCUGUGGUGAAAAUGGGUUCUGCCAAGAGCCCAGCUGGUGCGCCAUAAAUCCAAAGUCUCCAGCAAUAGAAACCUAUAAGACGCCAACUGCGAAGCUGCAGUUAUGGGUCAAGGCGUUUGUGCAGUUCUACAACCUGAACAAAGAACGUAAUCUACGAUGUACUAGAAGAUGGAAAGCAUUCAUUCUUCGUUUGUUUUGAACAUUCCACCUUCCUCAUAAAAAAUCCUCACAUGAUGAUACAAGAGCAUCCUCUUCAGGUAUUUUCACGAACGAGAUGGAGAAAAUCAUCCCCUAUCCGAACGAAUUCGCCAAUGCAUGGAGUGUAGAGGAUUUGCUUCUACUAUGCUCUCCUCCCGUCCGAUAUGAGGAAAUAUCCGAACUUGGUGCUGCAGUCGAAGUACUGAUACGGUUCAAAAGCUGUCCGGUGAAUCGGAAAGAGUGCACACCCGAAGUCACCGCAAGAAGGAUAGAUAGUGUCUUUUAUGGUGAAGGGCUUAGUGUUAGUGAGAUGUCGGAAAAGGCCCUACUUGAUGAUGAGGUGGUUCUUUUGAAGGUUGAUGUGAAGCAAAUAUUCAUAUUUAUAUUUAUCUUCGACGAAGGGUCGUGAACUCGGCCUCACUCGAGUAGGCACGACCGUCGUGACACGGUCAAAAAGCCUGAUUAUCGGGCCGCCGACGUCGCCAAUGAAUGAAUGUAUCUUGCUUGUAGUUCUGCUGCGAGGUUCUGCUGAGGUAAGCCGUCGUGACAAGCAAUGACUUCUUCUAACUCCACGACGAGCAUAAGAUAGGGUUCGAGUUUAAACACGCGACGCCGUCAUCAGAAGUGCCAAACGAGAGGCGGCUGUACACGAUGCGUGGCGUGCGGUUCUAUUUCCGAGCGGUAGGAACGGGAGAGGAACUCAGCAUCAGCAGCAUAAUAUUAAGGCUUCCGCUAAUCCAUCCCUGUAGUAGACCACUUACUUUCAAACUUCCAUCCCUGUAGACCACUUCCAUCCCUGUAGACCAUAUUUAUGCGCCCUAGACCACUUUCAAACAUAUGCGCGCCAAUACGGGGGAAAUGCUGACGCAUAUGCUUGAGGGAUUUCCACAGGGAUGAAUAGGGGAGAGCUCUAAUAAUUUUCAAAGUUUCAACGGGAAUAGCAUUGCUCGCACUGGCUCCACUACUCGCGGACAUUUUGAUGCUCAACUGCUUCAUAAGGAGCAAAAAGUACUGUUGCUGCUACAUUUAGAAGACGUUCACUUGUCUGCUACUUUUUUGUAACAUUGGUCACCACCAAUGUUAAAGUCCGUCGUGUAACAUCUUCUUGCAACACCUCCAUUAUAAUCACAAAUCUACUCAUUACUACUCUACUCUACAAUAAUAUUCGUCUUUCUACUCUGCGAUCUCACAUUUUCAGGUAUGAAGCCCGCAAAUACGAAUACUCGCAGGAUUUGGGGGAUUACUUUGCGGAGUUGGAGAAAUUACCGCAGAUCACAGAGGGGGACGACGCUGAUGCCAGCGACUUCCAGGAUGAGGAGGAUAUCGCAUGGCGCAGGAGGAUGGAAGAGGAAGACUAGUUUGUUGUGGUAAAGCAAUUUCUUCGUGUGUUGUGUGAUAUGAUUACUUUAUAUAUAAUCAUGUGAAGGAUCCGUAUAAAAAGCUAAGCCUGACAUGAAUGCAUUGUGGUUCAUUUUCAAUGACAAUAUUGUUGUAUUUCUAAUGAAUACUUUGUUGUUCUACGUACCCCACCCUGACAUUGACGGCACAGUUUUAUUUUCCCUCUAUCAAGCAACACGCAAACGCAACAUGUGGACUUCUCUAUUUUCCACGUCAUUGUAUUGAACGCAUAUCGCAAGAGAAAGUCCCUGAAGAACGCAAUUUCGUUACUUAAAGCAUGUUUUACCUCUGUGCGCAUAGAGGAAUCAUGAUAAAACGGUAAACGCUAAUGGAACUAUAGCAAGGCGCCUU